UCUCUUGGUUCUCUUCCAAUCUUUAGUAAUUAGCACUUUAAAACACUCUUUUUCUUUAGGACUGCCGUUUCCAUUCUUCUUCCUUUUGCCAUUUUUCAUUUUUUUUUCAUUCAAUUGUUUUAUGCAGAGACUCUUUAAAAAAGAAAAAAAGACACAACAACACUGCACUUUCUUCUAUUUGGGAAAUAUAUGUAUAUAUAUAUAUAUAUAUAUAUAUUUACUUCCCAUCUUUCCAUUUGAUUCCAAAUUUAGCACGGAACCAAAUUAGCACGUAAAAUUUCGAGUUUUUGUUCUCUUGAGAUCUGAGCAUUUUCCCUAUAAUGGCCAUGAGGAAUCAACAUCCCAACAACCAAGUCUUCGAUAUCGACACUGUAGGUAAUGAGCAUGGGAAGGAUUAUGACGAUGAUGGACGUCUCAGGCGAACAGGGACUAUAUAUACCGCAAGUGCCCACAUAAUCACUGCCGUGAUCGGAUCGGGAGUGUUAUCCUUGGCUUGGGCUAUUGCACAACUUGGCUGGGUUGCCGGACCGAUUGUUAUGUUACUGUUCUCCAUUGUGACCCUUUACACUUCAACUCUCCUAACCUAUGGUUACCGAACCGGGGAUCCGAUCAAAGGAAAGAGGAACUACACUUACAUGGAAGCUGUUCGAUCCAAUCUUGGUGGAUUUAGGGUCAAGAUGUGCGGUAUUGUUCAGUACGUGAACCUGUUUGGAGUUGCUGUCGGCUACACCAUUGCAUCGGCCAUAAGCACGAUGGCGAUUAGGAGAUCCAACUGCUUCCAUGACAGUGGAGGGAAAGAUCCAUGCAAAAUGAAUGGAAAUCCUUACAUGAUCGGGUUUGGGGUUGCCGAAAUUAUCCUCUCUCAGAUUCCAGAAUUCGAUCAGCUCUGGUGGCUGUCAUACGUUGCCGCAGUCAUGUCCUUCACAUACUCUGGCAUUGGUCUUGGACUCGGAAUCGGGAAAACAGCAGGAAAUGGUGAAAUCAAGGGAAGUCUCACUGGAGUAAAGAUUGGAGAAAUAUCGAAAGUUCGAAAAAUUUGGAGGACCUUCCAAGCUCUUGGAAACAUUGCCUUUGCCUAUUCAUAUUCUCUCAUUCUUAUAGAAAUUCAGGACACGGUGAAAUCACCCCCAUCAGAAUUGAGUAUUAUGAAGAAAGCAAGCAGGGUGAGUAUCGCGGUAACCACGUUCUUCUACAUGCUAUGUGGAUGCAUGGGCUAUGCAGCUUUUGGUGAUAGUGCACCAGGAAAUCUUCUCACGGGCUUCGGCUUCUAUAAUCCCUUCUGGCUAAUAGACAUUGCCAAUGCCGCGAUAGUGAUUCAUCUCCUAGGUGCAUAUCAGGUCUUCUGCCAACCUUUGUUCGCAUUUCUCGAGGCAAAAGUGAUCAAGGCAUUCCCAAACACCACAUUCUUCACUCAUGAGUUUGAAAUCUCAAUUCCUUUUUAUAACAAGCCCUACAAGCUCAGCCUCUUUAGGCUCGUGUGGAGGACCGUGUUCGUGAUGGUGACCACCACGAUAGCAAUGCUCCUCCCAUUUUUUAACGAUGUGGUGGGCUUGCUCGGGGCAAUUGGAUUCUGGCCUUUGACCGUCUUUUUCCCGAUUGAGAUGUACAUAGAGCAGAUGAAAAUCCAAAAGUGGGCCGUCAAAUGGGUCUCUCUGAAACUCUUAAGCUGUGGUUGUCUCAUCGUAACUAUUGCUGCUACUGUCGGCUCGAUUGCUGGAAUAGUCGAUGAUCUCCAGACCUACAAACCAUUCAAGAGUGAUUAUUAGGUUUCUCUAGUUCAAGAAAGGAAGGAAAUAGAAAUUUUGAGAUUUAUCUCGUGUUCAUGUUUUCUGUAGCUAAGCUAGGACUUAAAUGCAUGUCUAUGUAUGCAAUUGUUCUGUUUGUUUCUUCGAGUAGAUGCAAUUGUGUUUCUAUUCGAAAGAGAUAAAUGUAUCUAUUCGAUGAUGGAUGUCUUAGUUUGUGAAAGUUUUAAGCUCAACAGGCUUGAGCUUUUUAGG